AUGACUUCUUUGAAAUCUGCUUAUGUACCAUUUGUUGACAAAUAUGAUGAAACCGGUGUAAUGCUUCCAUUAAUGGUUUCUGCUGUCUUUAUCAAUGAAGUUGAAUCUGAAAAAUAUUUUUCUUUAAGAGCUCUCAAACAUUGGGAUAUUGAUGAAGAGAAAUUGAGUAGAGAUUUCUCGGAAAUAAUUGAUAGAAAUUCGUUGGUUCAUGUAAAAUAUGAUGACAUUAAAUUAAAUAAAUAUUACCUUCACUACAACGAUGAUACUGGACGUCUUACACGUGUAAAAGUUGUUGACAUUCCAGAAGAUGAUAAAAAAAAUCUCCAAAAGUUAACCGUUUUUUCUUGUGACUCUUCUAGGGUUGAUGACAUUAAAGAUGGAAAAAUCUAUGAGAUUCCUGAUUUAUUGGAUUCAUUAAUAGAUUAUCCCCUUCAGUUGUAUUGCCAACUACCCAGUAGAAAAUGUCUAGAUCUUUUAAAUUUACCAAGUUCUUCGGACUUUGAUAAUUUAACAGUUGUCAAAGCAAUUAUACUGGAGAAUUCAAAUAUUCCAACUUCUAUUAUUCUUGAAGGUGGUACAGGUGAUGUCAAAUUUGAUAUUAAGAAUAUGUUUAGUAAGCUAAAUAGUCAACUUCAAAAGUCGUGGGAAACAUUUGUUGAUGCGAUGACUACUGGAGAGAUACGACAAAUUUUGAGUAAAAGUUCUGAAAGCGGUAACUUUAAAAUUAUUCCUGAAGAUGAUGUCUACAUAAUUGACAUUGAUAACUUCGAUGCAGUACAUAUCAGAUCAACAUCAAUGUCAAUAAUCGAAUGUUUUUACUCAUCAUAUUUAAAAGAAUAUUUUGAAAUUGAAAAUUUUCGUGAACGUCAAAAAGUCCCAAAAAAUGAAAUUGUUCUAGGAUGCAUCUAUAUAGCCUAUGUUGAGUUUCUCAAAAGAUUUACGAGAAUUCAAAUUAUCGAUCUUGACAACCACAAAGAAUUUUUUACCUUCACUGUAAUUGAUUAUCCUGGAAUUGUUAGUAGAAAAGUAAAGACAUCAAGUUUUCAAAUUUAUUAUCUUGUACAAGGCCUUAACAUUCCACCAUUAUAUCAAACAGUCAAAAUUUCUUCAGUUGAAGAUAAAAAGCCAAAUGACAAAAAUGUUCUCAUAGAUAUUGCUUCAAAAGGUGGUAGGUACACCUUGAAAAUUGAUGAACAUACUGGUAUAGCCACAUUGUUUAAUAACAUACCUAAUGAAGAAGGAGAUUUGAUGGAUAAAGUUAUGAAAAAAAUAGAAGAAGAUUACAUGAUGUCAUGUUAUUCAGAUGAAAAUGGAUUAAUAACAAAAUCUUGUCGACUUCAAGCACCAAUCAAAGUCAAAAGAUGCAGUUUUAAUCAAUCUAUGACUAAUGUUAAAGGAAGAUUGAGACUCCGUUGUGUAGCAAAUAGUAAAAAUGGUAUCUAA